UCCAAUAUGUAUCCCCUCGUAGUUUCAACACAUUUCAUAAUCUUCUCUCUCCCUUCAAACGUUUUAGUUCCAAAAAGAACUAAAACCCUAGAAGCAGAACAAUCUUUAGUCUCCAAUUCGUUUUCUGGUUACCUAAUAUAGUACGUGUUGCUAAUCCUUAUUAAGUAAGAUGAUUAACUUUGAGGCAACGGAGCUGAGGUUAGGGCUGCCGGGUGAGAAUCACGGAGGAGCCAUGACUGUGAAGAAUAAUGGGAAAAGAGGAUUUUCUGAGACUGUUGAUCUCAAGUUGAACCUUUCAUCGACGGCUGUGGAUUCAGUUUCCGAAGUUGAUUUAGAGAAUAUGAAGGAGAAGGUCUUAAAACCACCGGCCAAGGCACAAGUUGUGGGAUGGCCGCCGGUACGAUCUUUCCGGAAGAACGUGAUGUCAUGCCAAAAGCCAACCACCGGAGAUACCAUCCAAGCAGAGGAAAAGACUUCCGGAAGCAGCGGAGUUACCUCCUCUGCCUCCGCUUGUGCUACCGCAGCUUACGUGAAGGUUAGCAUGGACGGUGCACCGUACCUAAGAAAAAUUGAUUUGAAACUCUACAAAACUUACCAAGAUCUCUCCGACGCCUUAAGCAAAAUGUUCAGCUCUUUUACCAUAGGCAAUUAUGGACCACAGGGAAUGAAAGAUUUUAUGAAUGAGAGUAAAUUAAUCGAUAUUUUGAACGGAUCAGAUUACGUUCCAACUUAUGAAGAUAAAGAUGGAGACUGGAUGCUUGUAGGAGAUGUACCAUGGGAGAUGUUUGUUGAUUCAUGCAAACGCAUAAGAAUUAUGAAGGGGUCAGAAGCAAAAGGACUUGCUCCAAGGGCUUUAGAAAAAUGCAAGAACAGAAGCUGAGUGAUUGCCCCAAAAAGGCAACAAAGACCGGUUAGAUCCGGUUGGAUAUCUCAAACAGAGAAAAGCCAAACCGGCUCGAGUUACCGUUCCGAGCAGAGAGUUUGCGUAUAAAAUAAUAUUUUGAUGAACUACAUUUUUAAAUUUAACCCUUUUUUGUUAUGUAUCAUCUUAUAUAAUACAUAUAUAAAUAUGUAUAUUUUAUUAGGUUGCAUCUAUAUAUUUCCGUUUUUGGACAACUUUUGUUUUUGUGCAUUAUUGUAUUGUCUAUAUGGUAUAUAAACCCUAAGACAUCGAAUGUGUUACAUUUACGUGAUACUAAGACAUCAUAUACCCUAGUGUAUUUCAUUAUUUGUUUUUUUUCUGCAAUAUAUGCUUUAUUUCA